CAGGCAUUACAAUACCAGAGGUAACGAAUCAAUUAAAUCCAUUUUCCCCUUGGCGUCUCCAAAGCUGCGUGCCGAGUGUUGCUGUAUAGUUUAGAGCUGGAGCUAGGACCCAGGGGCCUCCGCAGCCACCAAUAGAAGCGCACACUUGGACCUAUUUGUAUGCAAUGCCGUGUGCUCUGCGCAUUAAUAGUAAUACAGAUAACGGGUAUGAAAGAAUUCUCUACUGAAGAAGGAUUGAAUAUUUUUCCAGGGUGCUGAGACUGAGAAGAAACCCGACUCGAUUCUCCCGGUUCCCCACUCAUAUCGAAGUCUCAGAAGGCUUUUGGCAGCGUUUAAACUCGGAAGGCUCUUCUCUGCAUAGCAAAGUUGGAGGGCUGCGCCUGCAUCGGAGAGCUGCUGCUGGAUUUCUGGAGACAGUCUUAUGGAAGGAUAAUAUCUAUCUGUGUCGCUGGCUGAUGUAAUGAAAGGGAGGGAUAAAGAUGAAAUGGAAACAUCUUCCUCUUCUGGUCAUGAUAUCACUCCUCAUUCUGUCAAGAAAGCAUCUCCUUCUGGCCCAGCUUAUUCCAGACCCUGAGGACCUAGAGAGGGGCCACGACAACGGGACGCCAGCCCCCACCUCUGAUAAUGAUGACAAUUCGCUGGGCUACACAGGCUCCCGUCUUCGUCAGGAAGAUUUCCCACCUCGCAUUGUUGAGCACCCUUCGGAUCUCAUUGUCUCGAAAGGAGAGCCUGCCACUUUGAACUGUAAAGCUGAAGGUCGCCCCACACCGACCAUCGAGUGGUACAAAGGCGGGGAAAGAGUGGAGACAGACAAGGAUGACCCUCGCUCGCACCGGAUGUUGCUGCCAAGUGGAUCUUUAUUUUUCUUACGUAUAGUACAUGGACGGAAGAGUAGGCCGGACGAAGGGGUCUACAUCUGUGUAGCGAGGAAUUACCUCGGAGAGGCUGUGAGCCACAACGCGUCGCUGGAGGUAGCUAUACUGCGGGAUGACUUCAGACAAAACCCUUCAGAUGUCAUGGUGGCUGUAGGUGAGCCUGCAGUAAUGGAAUGCCAGCCUCCUCGGGGCCAUCCAGAGCCCACCAUCUCCUGGAAAAAGGAUGGCUCACCCCUGGAUGAUAAAGAUGAAAGAAUCACUAUACGAGGAGGAAAGCUCAUGAUCACUUACACCCGUAAGAGCGAUGCUGGCAAGUACGUCUGUGUCGGUACCAACAUGGUAGGGGAACGCGAGAGUGAGGUUGCAGAGCUCACUGUUUUAGAGAGACCAUCAUUUGUGAAGAGACCCAGUAAUUUGGCAGUAACUGUGGAUGACAGUGCAGAAUUUAAAUGUGAGGCUCGAGGAGACCCUGUGCCUACGGUUCGAUGGAGGAAAGAUGAUGGAGAGCUGCCUAAAUCCAGAUAUGAAAUCCGAGAUGAUCAUACUUUGAAAAUUCGGAAGGUGAUGGCUGGUGAUAUGGGAUCAUACACUUGUGUGGCAGAAAAUAUGGUUGGGAAAGCUGAAGCAUCAGCCACUCUGACAGUUCAAGAGCCUCCACAUUUUGUUGUGAAGCCCCGUGACCAGGUUGUUGCCUUGGGACGAACUGUGACUUUUCAGUGUGAAGCAACUGGCAAUCCUCAACCGGCUAUCUUUUGGAGGCGAGAGGGGAGUCAGAAUCUGCUUUUCUCAUACCAGCCACCCCAGUCAACCAGCCGGUUUUCAGUGUCCCAGACUGGGGAUCUCACUAUUACUAACGUGCAGCGGUCUGAUGUUGGUUACUAUAUCUGUCAGACUUUAAAUGUUGCUGGAAGUAUCAUCACAAAGGCAUAUUUGGAAGUGACUGAUGUGAUUGCAGACCGGCCUCCCCCAGUCAUUCGACAAGGUCCCGUGAAUCAGACGGUAGCAGUGGAUGGUACUUUAGUCCUCAGCUGUGUGGCCACAGGCAGUCCAGUGCCCACAAUUCUAUGGAGGAAGGAUGGAGUCCUUGUUUCAACCCAAGAUUCUCGGAUCAAACAGCUGGAGACUGGUGUGCUGCAGAUCCGCUACGCUAAGCUGGGUGACACUGGCCGAUACACCUGUACUGCAUCAACCCCCAGUGGUGAGGCCACAUGGAGUGCUUACAUUGAAGUGCAGGAGUUUGGAGUUCCAGUUCAACCUCCAAGACCCACCGACCCCAAUUUAAUCCCCAGCGCCCCCUCAAAGCCUGAAGUCACAGAUGUCAGCAAAAACACAGUAUCUUUAUCAUGGCAGCCAAACUUGAACUCAGGAGCAACCCCAACAUCUUAUAUUAUAGAAGCCUUCAGCCAUGCAUCGGGUAGCAGCUGGCAGACUGUGGCAGAAAAUGUGAAAACAGAAACAUUUGCCAUCAAAGGACUCAAACCUAAUGCAAUAUACCUUUUCCUGGUGAGGGCAGCUAAUGCAUAUGGAAUUAGUGAUCCAAGCCAAAUAUCAGAUCCAGUGAAAACACAAGAUGUCCCACCAACCAGUCAAGGGGUGGACCACAAGCAGGUCCAGAGAGAGCUGGGGAAUGUCGUCUUGCACCUCCACAACCCCACCAUCCUUUCUUCCUCAUCAGUGGAAGUACACUGGACAGUGGACCAGCAAUCUCAAUAUAUUCAAGGAUAUAAAAUUCUCUAUCGGCCAUCUGGAUCCAGCCACAGUGAAUCUGAGUGGUUAGUUUUUGAAGUGAGGACCCCAACCAAAAAUAGUGUGGUGAUCCCUGAUCUCAGAAAAGGCGUCAACUAUGAGAUUAAGGCUCGCCCAUUUUUUAAUGAGUUUCAAGGAGCAGACAGUGAAAUCAAAUUUGCCAAAACCUUAGAAGAAGCACCAAGUGCCCCUCCCCGAAGUGUGACCGUAUCAAAAAAUGAUGGAAACGGUACGGCAAUCCUUGUCUCGUGGCAGCCACCUCCUGAAGAUACUCAGAAUGGAAUGGUUCAAGAAUAUAAGGUUUGGUGUCUAGGUAAUGAAACUAGGUAUCACAUCAACAAGACAGUCGACGGCUCUACCUUUUCGGUGGUCAUCCCCUCGCUGGUUCCUGGGGUCCGCUACAGUGUGGAGGUGGCGGCAAGCACAGGGGCUGGUCCUGGGGUCAAGAGUGAGCCUCAGUUCAUCCAGUUGGAUUCUCAUGGAAACCCCGUGUCUCCCGAGGACCAAGUGAGCCUCGCUCAGCAGAUCUCCGACGUGGUGAAGCAGCCAGCGUUCAUCGCAGGCAUCGGGGCAGCCUGUUGGAUUAUCCUCAUGGUCUUCAGCAUCUGGCUUUACAGGCACCGUAAGAAGAGGAACGGGCUCACCAGCACGUACGCGGGCAUCAGGAAAGUCCCGUCCUUUACCUUCACACCAACAGUAACUUAUCAAAGAGGAGGCGAAGCCGUCAGCAGUGGAGGGAGGCCGGGACUUCUCAACAUCAGUGAGCCUGCCACGCAGCCCUGGCUGGCAGACACGUGGCCCAACACUGGGAACCAUCACACUGACUGCUCCAUCAACUGCUGUACAGCGAGCAAUGGGAACAGCGACAGUAACCUGACAACCUACAGUCGCCCAGCUGAUUGUAUAGCAAAUUAUAACAGCCAACUGGAUAACAAACAAACAAAUCUGAUGCUCCCUGAGUCAACUGUUUAUGGUGAUGUGGACCUUAGUAACAAAAUCAAUGAGAUGAAAACCUUCAAUAGCCCAAAUCUGAAGGACGGGCGUUUUGUCAAUCCAUCAGGGCAGCCCACCCCUUAUGCUACCACGCAGCUCAUCCAGGCCAACCUCAGCAACAAUAUGAACAACGGCGGCGGCGGCAGCGGCGGCGGCGACUCCAGCGAGAAACACUGGAAGCCUCCUGGCCAGCAGAAACAGGAAGUGGCACCCAUUCAGUAUAACAUCAUGGAGCAAAACAAGCUGAACAAAGAUUAUCGGGCAAAUGACACAAUCCCCCCAACCAUUCCGUACAACCAAUCCUAUGACCAGAACACAGGAGGCUCUUACAACAGCUCAGAUCGGGGCAGUAGCACGUCUGGGAGUCAAGGGCAUAAGAAAGGGGCGCGGACACCGAAGGCCCCCAAGCAGGGCGGAAUGAACUGGGCAGACUUGCUUCCCCCUCCCCCAGCGCAUCCUCCCCCACAUAGCAACAGCGAAGAGUACAGCCUGUCCGUAGAUGAGAGCUAUGACCAAGAAAUGCCGUGUCCUGUGCCACCCGCAAGGAUGUAUCUGCAGCAGGAUGAGUUAGAAGAAGAGGAGGAUGAAAGAGGCCCCACGCCCCCUGUUCGGGGGGCAGCUUCUUCUCCAGCUGCUGUGUCCUACAGCCAUCAGUCCACAGCCACGCUCACCCCGUCGCCCCAGGAAGAACUCCAGCCCAUGUUACAGGAUUGUCCAGAGGACAUGGGCCACAUGGCCCACCAACCAGACAGGAGGCGGCAGCCCGUGAGUCCCCCUCCGCCACCACGGCCAAUCUCCCCGCCGCAUACUUACGGCUACAUUUCAGGACCGCUCGUCUCCGACAUGGAUACAGAUGCUCCAGGAGAGGAAGACGAGGCUGACAUGGAAGUGGCCAAAAUGCAAACCAGAAGGCUCUUGUUACGUGGCCUUGAGCAGACCCCAGCCUCCAGUGUGGGGGACCUUGAGAGCUCUGUCACGGGGUCCAUGAUCAAUGGCUGGGGCUCAGCCUCCGAAGAGGACAACAUUUCGAGUGGGCGCUCCAGUGUUAGUUCCUCUGAUGGCUCCUUUUUCACUGACGCUGAUUUUGCCCAGGCCGUCGCUGCAGCCGCGGAGUAUGCCGGCCUGAAAGUUGCUCGGCGCCAAAUGCAGGAUGCGGCCGGCCGCCGCCAUUUCCACGCCUCUCAGUGCCCUCGGCCCACGAGCCCUGUGUCUACGGACAGUAACAUGAGUACUGCUGUAAUCCAGAAAACCAGACCCGCCAAGAAACAGAAACACCAGCCAGGACAUCUGCGCAGAGAAGCCUACACAGACGAUCUUCCACCCCCUCCGGUACCACCACCUGCUAUAAAAUCGCCCACUGUGCAGUCCAAGGCUCAGCUGGAGGUACGGCCUGUCAUGGUGCCCAAGCUCGCCUCUAUAGAAGCAAGAACAGACAGAUCGUCGGACAGAAAAGGAGGCAGUUACAAGGCGAGAGAAGCAUUGGAUGGACGACAAGUCCCUGACCUGCGAACAAACCCAGGUGACCCCAGAGAAGCACAGGAACAGCAAAAUGAAGGGAAAGGACGGGGAAACAAGGUGGCAAAGAGAGACCUUCCUCCAGCCAAGACGCACCUGGUCCAAGAGGAUAUUCCACCGUACUGUAGACCUACUUUCCCUAUGUCAAACAACCCCAGAGAUCCUAGUUCCUCAAGCUCAAUGUCAUCACGAGGAUCAGGAAGCCGACAAAGAGAGCAAGCGAACGUAGGUCGAAGAAAUAUGGCAGAAAUGCAAGUUCUUGGGGGAUAUGAAAGAGGAGAUGAUAAUAAUGAAGAAUUAGAGGAAACCGAAAGCUGAAGACAACCAGAGAGGCGUAUGAUAUUAAUGUGAAAUCAUCGCUCCAGAUGCCUCACGUCGGAUGACACACAAUGCCAGAUGAAGUGUUCCGUGCAAUCAGAAUGUACAAAUUGUCAUUUUUAUUCCUCCUAUUGGGAUACCAUUUUUUUAAAAAAAAUGUCUUGGGUUUUUAUUGUUGCUGAUUGAUUGUCUAAGCCUUGAUGAACCUCCUCCCUCUUCCCUCUCGCCGUUGCGACCGUUCCACUUGACUUCCAGCAAGAGAAGUGUCUUGACUGCUUGCUUCAGCCAUCAGCCAGCAAGAAAGAGCAGAGCAGUUCUUUUGCAUUUUGCCCCUGAGAUAUGGCAUUGCACUGCUUAUAUAUCAAGCUAAUUUAUAGCGAAAUAUUGAUCAAACAUACCAAGGUGAUGAUCCUCAUGCCAAGGGCUCUCAAAAUAUAAUAGUUCUAUGACCAACUGCUAAUGCCAAUUAAAGCAUCCUUCAUUUUACAUGAUUUUAAGGUCAGUCUUUCAUAUCACCCUUUGCUGGGAGAAACUAAAAACCUAUCAAAUACAGAACUACAGAUAAUUUGAAUGGGGUAGACGCAUUGUAAAUAUAUACUCUUUGCAACUCCUGGUGGUACUUUUACUUUGUCUUCAUUUCAAUCAGUGAAAUCUAUUCUUCUUGGAAAUGUACUUUUGGAUAAGUAGGGCUAAGCCAGUUGGACCUCUGGUUAUCUGGUCAUUGUUAGAAGUAAGCCUAGCCAAAAAUCUUGUUCUAUUUUUCAAUCAGAAAGCAACUACAAAUGCACAUUGCAAGCAAGUGGAUCUUGUUAAUGACCAAUUGAGUAAGGACAUCCCUAUCUUAACUGGCCUCAAUUUCUUCUGGUAGUGUCAGUUCAACUUUCAGAAGUGCCACUUAAGGAAGUUUGUUUGAUUUUGUUGUUGUUGUUCUUGUUUUUGUAAUGCACUGUUUUUAAUCUUUUUUUUUUUUUUUUGGUUUUAAAAGCACAAUCACUAAACUUUAUUUGUAAACCAUUGUAACUAUUAACCUUUUUUGUCUUAUUGAAGAAAUGGUUGAGAAGUGUUUUUAACCUGUUUUGUUAAUGCUCUGUGUUUGUAUUUGCAAUAUUUGAAUGAUAACAGCUGGUGAAGUCAUGUACAGACUUUAUUGUGGGCUGUGAACCAAAUGGUUCCAAUGUUUCCUGGACUUUAAGAAAAAAAAAAAAGAAGAAGUGUUAAGUUUGUUGUGGCCAAUGUUGAAUCUUAUAAGAUUUCCUUAGAAGCUCAUCAGAGGCAUUCCUACUUAGAAUUGCCAAGUGAUGCUCUCUGACUGUAGAGUUUUAUGAUUUUUUUGACAUUAUAUGGAUUUCAUUGACUUUAUAAUUGGUGCUAUUUGAAGAAAACAAAAUGAACCUUUAGUCAUACAUAGGUAUCAGGCCUGACCCCACAAAGCCAAACAAAACUAAACCACAAAAAAAGGCUGGUAUUCACCAAAAACUAAGUGUGUUCAUUUAGGUAAUUUGAAAAAGUCCCAUAGAAAGGGUGUGCAGUACUAAGGGAACAAUCCAUGUGAUUAAUGUUUUCAUUAUGUUCAUGUAAGAAACCUCUUAUUUUUAGCCAUAAUUUUGCAUACUGAAAAUUCAAUAAUCAGAAAAGUAAUUUUGUCACAUUAUUUAUUAAAAAUGUUCUCAAAUACA